UCUGUACCUACAUCAUAUAUCUGUAAUUAUUGUAAGUUUGCUAGAAUCGUGUUUAUGCUAAUGGACGAUGUUGUAUGCAAUUCAUGAUGUGCAUCCAUCGCACGAUCGUUUUUUUCAUGUGACUCGAUCGAUUUGACGGAACGUUCCACAUCCCUCAAAGAAUCGUUCCCUCCGCGCGUUUCCUCCUUUUUUCUUUUCUUUUUUUUUCUUCUUAUCUCAGCAGACCGUGACUAGUACGAGAAAGGAUCUUUCCAUCCUCUCCCUCCGUAUCUUUGCAUGCAAAUAAAUUUUGCGCGACGUGUCGCGUCCGCCUUUGGAGUCGUGCAAGCCAGACAAGCAAGGAGGAGGGUGCGCAUUUUCGAGCUGCAUGUCGCAUCCUUUUUAUCCACUGCAAACGUAUCGCGCGAUACGUUUCAAAAUCUCCACCCCACGCCCUCCUCUCUUUCUCUUUUACUCUCAUUCAGCAUGGAACGCACGAGGAAUGACCUUCCCCCCCAUUGUUCGAUCACUUAGUAUCCUCGAGAAACGGCGCACCGGUGUCGAGAUGCAUCCCCCGAUUAGCGAGAUGCAUCGCUUGGACUCGUCGCGCGUCCUAGAAACGCGCCGGUCCGAUGAUAGAAUCUCAUCGUCACGAGUAUCUUUUAGCGCGGGACGACAAAGAGAAAAAAAAAGAAAGGAAAAAAAAAGAAAAAAAAGGGAAUCGCAAUUACAUCUGAAUCAGAUGUAAAUGCAAGACGAAUUAGAGCGACGAGGCUGAAAAGGCGAGUGACAGUACGUACUCGACGAUGAACGCAGCCUGCAAUAAGAUAUUCAUGGCAUGCAUCAGGCGUUAGUCGCAGCCGCAGCUGCAGAGCAUGGCCAGAGUCUAUAUAAAAAAUAUGCAUGAGCAUGUUCGUUCCGUUUGUUCGUUCGCUCGCUCGCUCGCUCGAUCGUUAUGUACGUUAUGGAAUACUCACAUGCGCAUUUGUAAUACUAAAUAGCGAGUAUCCACCAGUAGUAGCCUGUAAUGGCACGAAGCAAUGAGCUAUAAAAAAAAGAGAACGAAAAAGCCUUUAGAGCCACCAAGAAACGUCUUGUGUGUGUGUGUGUAUGUGCCUCGUAAUUCCAGUAAAGAUGAAUCCGGUACUCGCCUUCGAGUAUCUGUUCUUCGCCGUCUUCGGCCAAACGACCCACGGCGAGCUGAAGGUCCAGACCGAUCAGCCGCAGUGGACCGAGGUCCUCUUCAAGUUGACCUUCGGAGUGUACAUGUUGGUCUCGGUAGUGGUGUUGAUUAAUCUGCUGAUCGCCAUGAUGAGCGACACUUAUCAACGGAUACAGGCGCAGUCGGACAUUGAGUGGAAAUACGGACUCAGUAAACUGAUCCGAAACAUGCACAGAACUACCACAGCUCCGUCCCCGCUAAACUUGCUCACCACCUGGACCGUGUACUUCAUCAAGUUGUGUAAGCAGCGCACCGCUAAGCGCAAGCGACCCUCGUUGGUGCACAUGAUGGGAUUCGGACGCGCCAGCCGUUUAUCGCCCAGGUCCAAGAUGGGCGCAAAAUGGUUGGCCAAGGUUAAAAAAGGUCAGGUCCGUCCAAAGGAUAGCGUGACCCUUUCCGUGGUGCAUCUCAGCCCGCUGGGCAGUCAGCUGUCUUUCAAUAGCGCGACCAGAAUAGAGAACGUAGUGGAUUGGGACUCGAUCAGGAAGAAGUAUCUCGUUCUAACUGGGAACGAGCCUGAGAAGGAGGAGGAGAAGGAAGGGAAGAGCAACGAGGAUGAGAACGAAGAUGAGAGCGGGCCGACGGCAUCCAACGCUUCGACGAUACCAGCGACAGUCUCGAAUCCGCCCACAUAAAAGAUUUGCCGUCGCCCUUUGCUAUUUUUCGACCAAAUUGCCGAUUACGAAUUCGCGCGAAAAACGAGCAAACGAGCGAUUAAGAUACCGUCGACCUACCAUCGUACUACCGUGCUCAGUAUUACCUACUAGACAGACUUAGCGACAGAUUAAAUGCGCUAAAGAUACAUUCACCCUUCACAAACAAUAUUUAAAUCAUAAACCGCUACCGCAGACACAGAC